GUGGUGAGGAGUGAAACCAUUGUUUGGUUGUGCACCUAUCACCAUGGUUGACACCCGUAGUGGGAAGAGUACUGCCCCCCAAUCCGAGGCCGAGCAGGCCCGGAUCGCCGCCACUUUGAGAGAGAGAAAACAGAAGAAGGAGCUCCUCAGGCAGGCGAAGAUAAAGGCCAUUGAGGAGGAGCAGGCAGUGAAGAAGAAGAAGUUGGAGGAGGAGCUGAGAAGACUCCAACAAGAGGAGGAAGAGAAGAAGAAGGCUGCUGAAGAAGAAGUGACAGCCAAAGAGGAGGAAGAAGAAGAAGCAGAACCCCUCGAAAGGAGGCGUACGAGGGAAAGAGGAGAAAUCAGUGGCACAAAGGGAGAAGAUCCCUGGAUUGAGAAAAAGAUUAGUGAGUGGGUAGCUAAUCUAAGUGUGGGAGAAGAAGAGGAGGCGAUGCUAUAUGUUCCGCAGGAGGAGAAGGAUGCUGUAGUCAGGGAGUUUGAGGCAAUGGACAAUCCCUUGGACCGCCAUGUGCUAGAGAAUGAAAAGAAGCUAGAGUGGAAAUUGCGUCUGGCGAGGGAGAAGAAAAGAAAGAGGGAGGAAGUCAGUCGGAUGGCAAAAGAGAUGGAGAAGGUGCAUUCCUGUAGGAGGGAAGUAGAAGCCCAGCAGGAUAUCCAGGCUAAGCUAGAUAAGGUUUUGACCAACAUAGAGAUUUUGGGUCAGGCUUGGACCGAGCAGCAAUUAACCAGUCAGGGCCAAGAUAUGGCCCUGCACCCCGUUCGACUGGGUUUUCGAGACUUUGCGCGCGAUAUUGUGACCCAUAUGGGGUCACAGGUCCAAAGACUGAAAGAGGGUGCAGAGAAAUUUUGUACCGGCACCUUGGAAGGCGCUAAAGCUAUAGCCGCCGCUGAGACUGAGGCUAGACCCCGCAAGGAACCUGAAAGCUCAAGUUCCCAGAUGCGUAUGGCGGGAAGCCUGAAGAGAAUUUCAAUAAUUGGGAGGCUAGUGUGAACAGCUAUGUUUACUUAUAGCACAUUGUACAGGACGA